AGAGGAAAAAAAGUGAGCCCCUAUAAAAGUUCGCAAAAUCGUGAAGCUCUUUAGCCUCGUACUGAAAUUUUUGCAACUUCUAUUUGUAGAUGUUUCAACAUCUCUGCACGGAUUCACAAUUUUUCUCUGAAAUACUCGUUUCGGUUUCAGAUAGAAAAGACACAGCUCACAUUAGCGCUCUACCAUCAAUGUUUCAGACAAGUGCUGCCUUACCGUCGGAGGAGCGUAAGUAAGUCCGUCGCUGGCACGACCUGCAGGGUGUGCUCUUGUGACCCGUCCUUGCAUUUGCCAACAACAGCUGUAGUGACCGCGGUUGUUGGAAUGCUGGUAGAUACCACGUCCCAGUAGGUUGCACCAUUUCAUCGUUGUACUUCUUCAUAUAAGAAUAAGAGACCAAAUCAUCUGACUGAUCCAGAAGGUGCUCCUGCUUCGUGCAUGGACGAUUUAUGAAGGGUGCGUCAGGUUCAGGUUCUUGAAUGGUAUUUCGUGGCGCCAAUCUUCGUUGGGACGACGGAUGGAAAAGUAGGUGCAUCGUGCAUAAUUCGAUUUCCGCGCGAACAACAGCGAGUAGACCAGCGACAUCUACCAGCAGCUGCGAAAGAAGAAUCAGAGGACCACCGGCAGGUGAAACAACGUCCUCGCCUGUUUCUAGAAUUCCCUGCCAGCCAAAUUGCAGCGCAAGAACGGUGACGAAUCUCAACGAGUGGGGCGCCACCUUGAGCCGCCCGGGGCGUGAAGUCAUUCUGGAGCAUAGGCGAGAAAUCGAGGAGAUCAACCAACGCAUCGACGAGUACUACGCGACGCAACGGCGGCAAAGGAACCGGAAAAAGCUCGAACAAGACCGGGCCCGUUUGCGCCGAGGAAUCAACUGCGUCGUAUAG